GAUGGUAGUCUGUAACCCUUAAAUUACAUAAGGAGAAAACGAAACUUUUGAUAGGAAACAAAAACGAAAUCCAGUUUACAUCUAUACGUACAUGAUGUGCUCUUCAUAUAGAGCUGCGCGGAGAAACGCUUCUCCUCAACCAUCAACAACGAACUCAACGUCUUGGGUUUCAUGUUUCUCUGCUGAACAACUGGUGUUUUGUAUAAUUGUCAUCGCUAUUGCAUUAGGGAUUCAGAUCUUCAAGCAAGAAAAACAGGAUUUGGAUGAUAUAGUGCAUAAUCCAGACGAUCCACUCCGAAUUCUUUUGGUUGGAAAAACAGGUGUGGGGAAAAGUGCAACAGGCAACACCAUCCUGGGACAAAAGGUUUUUAAAUCAGAAUUAUCAUCGUCCUCUGUGACCGGAGGGUGUGAAAAAAAUCAUGCAAUAAUAAAUGGCAGAAAGGUGUCUGUCAUUGACUCUCCAGGUCUGUUUGACACCAGCCUAACUAAAAAGGAAGUGGUCAGUAGAAUUAAACGCUGUAUUACACUUUCUGCUCCUGGUCCACAUGUCUUCUUAGUUGUGAUUCAGCUGGACAGAUUCACUGAUGAAGAGGCAGAAGCUGUUAGGAUCAUCCAAGCCAUUUUUGGUGAGGAAUCCUCCAGUUACAUCAUGGUACUGUUCACUCAUGGAGAUCGACUGGAGGGCAAAAACGUUCACACAUUUGUGCGGGACAGUCCAGAACUGCUUAGUUUUAUCAAAAAAUGCAAUGGACGAUACCAUGUGUUCAACAAUAAAGAAAAAAGUCCCGAACAGGUCAUUCAGUUGCUUGACCACAUUGAUAAAAUGGUCACUGGGAAUGGUGGGCAACAUUACACCAGUGAGAUGCUUGAAAUGGUAGAGAGAGCAAUUGAGAAAGAGAAACAACGUAUCCUGCAGGAGACAGCAGAGCAGAGACACAGAGAGAUAGAAGCUCUGAGAGAUCGACUUAAGGAUGAAGCCUAUGAGAAAGCAUUAAAAAAGUUAAACGAUAAUUAUGACCAGCUGGCAAGAAAAGAUGCAGAGUUCAUUGACAUUCAAUUCUUAUUCCAAAUAAUGGUUUCUGUGCUUAAAGAGUUAAGCAAAUUUUUUUUGUGACCUAUGUGAAAACUGACCAUGUGGCUAGUGAAAGAGGGUAUUAAAAUAUCAUGAUUUAUAGGUUAUAUUUGAAAUACUUUACAAAUAGUUAUUAAUAAAUAGAAACAAAGCGUGUUUACACUCUACAUUCCGGUUAAUGGGAAGUUUAAUAAUUUGAAGGUAUGGGUAUUUGAAGGUAAAAUAUAUGUGAAAUAUGUCUCUGUAUUGCAAACUCUAAUAAAUGAAGGACUGCUUUCCUUUAUCUAUUCUAUAUCCACCUUUUUCCUUCCAUCAGAGUGGAUAAGUUAAAGAAAAAGGUGGAUAAGUUGUACUUGAGAUAUUUUUUGUGUAUACAAAGUGAGAUCCUUAUGUGUCCUUAUGUUUUACUUUACUGUAUAAAUCAUGUGUUAAUUAAUGAAAAUGCAAGAAAUGUUAAAAAUAAUAAAUAAAAAAAUAAUAAAUUAAAUUAAAAUGGCCAUUCAUUGUAACUGCCCAUUAUAGCAUUUGUUUCUAGAUUUAAUUUUCUCCUAUAUUUCUAAAAGACUUUUGAUGAUAAUCUGCAUCUUAACAUAUGAAAACAGGCUUGCCAAGCUUGUGGCUGUUCCGUGUUUGAAAUGAGGGCUGGGAAAC